UAGUACCAGCAAUGAAUCUGCCACCAACAGGUACAGACGACAAUAGUGCCCAGCACGAGAUCUCCCCUCCAACAUCACCAUCUCAUAACGACAGUGAUGGACCCGCAGACGCCGAUUCCGAUUCCGUCUACGAAAGCCCCGAUCCUUCCCACGCCCUGGAGACCCCGGAUCACCCACCACCACCUCCCCUUUCCCACACACCAUUGGACCCACCGGUGCCCGCACGAGCCGUCGUAGAGGACUACCUCCACCUCAAAGAACCCAUCACCGUUUCUCCCGUUGACUUGGAACCCACCGCCAACUUGUUGAUGCAGUUCAACCUAAAGCGAAUUGAUGAUAUGUUCCACCAGAAAUCCAAAGCUGAGCAGGCAUCCGUUAAGGACGGUAUCGCCAACCAUAUCUCGCUUUUCAACCAUCUCAAGUCAGCCAUUACUGCCAACGACUCGUCGCGUACCAUCGACUGGGACCAAUGGCAGCAGUUAUUGGAACAGAAAUUGACCCAUGAUCAGAUGGCAGGGCUUGUAGCCAACGGGAUCCCCGACGAGAUUCGUAGCAGCGUGUGGCAGGUGACGGCCCGGUCCAGCACCUUGAAGUUGAACGACUAUUACUUGAUGAACAAACAGACUCCGUCCAUACACGAAAGACAAAUCAAGAAGGAUAUCACCCGGAACAGCUUCUACAACUCGAUCCAGCAGUACGACAAGAUUAACGAGGUGUUCAGCAACUUAAAGAUAUACAGUGAGUAUGAUCAGGAGAUCGGGUACAACCAAAGCUUUAUAUUUUUGAUCUCACCCAUCAUUCUCAAGUUGCCUGAACUCGAAAGCUUCAGUCUCUUUGUAUCGCUUAUGAAGGACUACAACUUGCGGGAGCUUUAUGAUAGCGACAUGAAAGGAUUGCAGCUAAUGCUCUACAAGUUUGACCGGUUGAUGGAAAUAUACCAUCCCUCCUUGUUCAACCAUUUGAUCAAAAGAGGGAUCCGGUCCAAUUCGUUUGCCAGCCAGUGGUUUUUGACGUUGUUCAGCUACAAGUUCCCCAUCGACGUCAUUCUCCGAAUCUACGACUUUGUUAUUUUUGAAGGAGUGGAUUUUCUCUUGAAGCUCGCCCUUCGGCUCAUGGCACUAAACGAGUCCAUUCUUCUCAGGUUAAACUCAGAUUCACUUCUCGCGUACUUGAACACUAACAUACUCGAUGUGCUUGUGCGGAAAGACUUCCAACCGGGAUCCAAUCAGUAUUAUGAUACUUCCAAGAUCUUCACGGGCUUCACCAAUUUGAACCCAAACCUUCUCCAGAAGUUCGAAGCAGAAUUCCAGAAACUCUAUGCGCUUAACGAGAAGAAGUUGGAUGAUAUCAACCUCUUGAACUUGACCAAUGGUAAGCUCAGAAACCAGAUCAAGUACUUGCAAAUGGACUUGUUCAACUUGAAUAAAGACCAUCUUCAAGUGGUCCAGGGACUCAUCAACUUGAAGGUGCGACUUCCAGAACUUAUGAGUCAGAACUCCGAUCUUGAGGAUGACAUCCAGCUGCUCAUCAACACUCUUAACGACAUGAAGGACUUUAAAGAAGACGAUGUGCCUCACAAUAUCGAGCAGCAUAUUGAACAGCUUUUGGUUGAGAACAAGCUGGAGACAGAGCGGAACAUUGCUCUAGAAGACCAGUUGAAUGAGCUAGUGGAACAGGAACACCAGGUGGAUUCACAGCUCAAGGCCUUGAAAAAAGGCUGGUUUUGGAACAAGUGAGUUGCAGCAGUUUUGCAACCAAAUAUAUAUUUUUUACGCCAGAUACACGCUACCACAACAAUAAGUAGGUUUCAGUACAUAUUAUCAAUCACCCCA